CGUGGCCUCCGCCAGCCGCGCGGUCCCUGCCCGAAAAGGGGGCACCGGGGAAGAGCCGGGGCCGGGCAGAGGUCGAGUCGCGUCCUGGGUCCGUCCCGGGUCCAUCCCGGCGUUCCCAGGGCCGCGGUGACCCUCGCGGCCGGGGCUUGGAGGAGGGGCGGCCCGGCCUCGCCCUCUCCCCUUCCUGGUUGGGGUCUGCGCGACCCAGCUCAGGCAGGCAGGGUGUUUGAGCGCUUUACAGCUUGGAGGCGGGUGGCAGUACUGAUCCCCGACGAGGAAGCCACCGCGGGGCCACGCUGGGUCACCCCCCGGCCUUCUUGCCUAUUUUUAGCUUGGGAGCGGGGUGGGGCGGGGUGCGGGGCUGCCGGCCCCACCUGGCAACCGAGCCCGGGCACCCGCCGCGAGUAGGGCGACAGAAGUCCUUGGGGUUGAGUUGGUUCUGAGCUCAGGGUCAUCUGUUCGGGCGUCCUCAGCGAGACAGUCCUUUUUGGCCAUCUGAUUGGUCCCCUGGGCUUGUCCCCUGGUCACACCUCCUCAGUGCUUGGGACCUGAGGGCAGGUCCCCUGUAAGAAUCUGAAGCUGGGGCUUAGCGCACUGGCCUGGCAGAGGUACCUGCCUUCCCAGCCCCACACUGGGGCUCCUCACGUUGGACCUUUCCUCACCCCACCUGCUCCAUCUUACAGAUGAGCAAACCUCAUCUGGGGCAUUCCGGCCCUCAGCUUACCUUCUGUUGCCUGGGCUCCCAGCAGCCGAGGUCGGCUUCCCACCCACCAUUGUCCCAAGUACGAGAGGCAAGAGGCCCCUGUCCAGGGCACUGGGCGAGCCCUGUUUGUGGUCUUGAGUUACCCUGCUGCAGCGGGGCCUUCAACACUGUCUGGCAAUACCUGUUGACAGGAAGCUCCUGCCCGCAGGGCAGCCUGGGCCAUCUCACUUGUCCUGCUCUCUGACCUGGUAGCAUUGUCUCUGGGGGCUGCCUUGCUGAGAUUUGGGGGGCAACUGGCCCCCUGAGCUUCACUGAGGUCCCCCCAAGGCCUGAGUGGCUGUCCGGGGCAGGCUGCCUGGGACCUCAAGCCGUGGUCUUCUCUGGGCCUUGGUUUCCUCCUGCAGUGCCAGCCCUGGUUAGGAACCAAGAUGAGGCCGCUCCUAGGACCUGGCCAUAGGGGCACGCUGACCAUGGCGGAGUUCUCCCAGAAUCGGGGCAAGCGGCGUGACGGCGAGGUGCUGGGCGGUGCUGUGGACUUCCUUCUGGCCAACGCGCGCCUGGUUCUGGGGGUGGGCGGAGCUGCUGUGCUGGGCAUUGCCACCCUGGCUGUGAAGCGGCUCAUCGACAGGGCCACCGGCCCUCGGGAUGAGGAUGACGCCAAGCGGGACUCCACGUGCCUGGAGGACAGCUGGCAGGAGCUGAGCCUGCUCAAGGCCACACCGCGCCUCCAGCCCCAGCCGCGGCCCGCAGCCCUCAGCCAGCCCGUGCCACCCCCGGCCCCCUCACCCUCAGCCCCAGAGGGGCCCGCAGACGCAGAUCCCCCGACGUCGCUUCAGCUCUGCUCCCCAGCGCCGUCGGUGUGCCUGACGUUCCAGGAGAAGCUGCUGGCGUUCGAGCGGGACCACGUGACCAUGCCAGCGGCCCACGUGGCUCUGGCCAAGCAGCUGGCCGGUGACAUUGCCCUGGAGCUGCAGGCCUACCUGCGGAACAAGUUCCCAGAACUGCCCUUCGGGGCACUCGUGCCUGGCGGGCCGCUCUACGACGGGCUGCAGGCGGGGCUCGCCGACCCCGUGCGUCUCCUGGUGCCCCUGGUGCUGGAGCCUGGCCUGUGGAGCCUGGUGCCUGGUGUGGACACCGUAGCCCAGGACCCUCGCUGCUGGGCCGUGCGCAGGACUCAGCUGGAGUUCCACCCCCGCGGGAGCAGCCCCUGGGACCGCUUCCUGGUGGGCGGCUACCUCUCCCCCCGGGUCCUGCUGGAGCUGCUCCGCAAGGCCCUGACCGCCUCCGUCAACUGGCCAGCCAUCGGCAGCCUCCUUGGGUGCCUGAUCCGGCCGCGCGUGGCCUCGGAGGAACUGCUGCUCGAGGUGCAGCAUGAGUGUCUGGAGCUCCCCGUGGCUGUGCUCCUGUCCACUGCCGGCGCCCAGGCCGGAGACCUCCUGCUGGCCUGGCCCCUGGAGGGGCUGGCCAGCAACCUCUGGCUGCAGGACUGGUACCCGGCAGAGGCCGCCCAGCUGCGGGCCCUGGAUGAGCGCGACGCCGGGACCCGCCGGCGGCUGCUGCUGUUGCUCUGCGGCGUCUGUCAUGGCCACCCGGCGCUGGGGCGGCUGGGCCGCGGCCCCCUGACCCAGGUGGUUCUGCACCUGGGUGAGCAGGAAGCGGACUGGGCUGAGGAGGCCCUGGCGGAGCACUUCCUGCAGGCCCUGGAGUUGCUCGUCGGCAGCCUGGAGCGGGCCAGCCUGCCCUGCCACUUCAGCCGUGGUGUGAAUCUCCUGGACGGCCUGCGGGAAGAGGACAUCGACGACAUGGGCUGUGCGCUGUACUGGGGCCUGCAGGCCCCCGAGGGGCUGCUCUAGAGGCGCGGGCCCAGGCGGACGCCUCCCUCCAGGGCGUCGAGAGCACCCUGCCCUUGCUUUUACCCCAAACGGGUCAGCGCGAGCUUGGGCGGCCCGCACUCGCACUCACCCCUCGGC